CAGUUUUCAUAUGCACAAUUUCAGGGUGCCAAAGAAAGUACCACCGACGAAAAGGGUAGCAGUUUUAGUAUUAAGUACCAAAAAUGGCAACCGUGAUGUCUAACGUUUGGCGAUUUUAUUAUCGAUUUGUGUUUGGUUGCGGAAAGCGCAAAGAAAAACGAAAUUAAUUCAUAAAAUCCGUGGGAGCAGCUAAAAAUCUUUAAAAAACACUUUUUUGUUUUUCUUGUGAAUUUGCGUUGAUUUAAAAAAAAGUCGAAAGUUCGUUUAGCAAACGUUGUUUUCUGUAAUGAAAGCUCUGUACCACUAGCGGCGUGUACAAAAAAGGAGCCACGAAUGGUAAAGGUGGACAGGGCAAUAGUGGAAAGACGUGCCGACCAAACUCGAGAUAAAAAGGAAAGGGACAUUUUCAGGCGUCGUCGCUGGUUUCUUAGUAUACAGAUUUGUUUGCGAAUCACGACAUAAAAUUGGUUUUUAAUCGCAAAUUAAUAUUUAACAAUAACAAUUUUGAGCUACUUUGGACCUCAAAAAAAAUUAAAGAAAUUGUCUUUAAAGAUUUCUCAAAAAAGUGAACUCAUACUAAAUUUCAUAAUGACUAACAUGGAGAAGCAACAUGAAAUGGUAAAACGCAGUCUGGUGCAAUUCGUUAGCGCACACAUUCCAGGGGCUGAUUUUAGCGUAGUCGACGAAAUAGUUUUGCAGUACAUUAUAUCCAUUUUGGAAGAAGCUUCACAGGACCCAUGUUUCGACGUAGAGGGGUUUGUCGAAAUGAUGGGCGCCUAUUUUGCCGAGUUUCCUUCCAUUGACCAGGGAAUCAUUUGUGAAUGGAUAUACAAGUUAGCAGGCGAAUUGAAUGAAAUGGAAAAAAAUCAGGAGAAUCGUAGUUCAACAAAUUUAUCACUGAAUUCCUUAAGCCUAUCAGAUAUUAUACCCGAGUCGAAGUUACGUGCUCGCAAUGCUUCCAAUUCUGAGAAAGACGAGUUCAAUUUGAGCGCUAGUGGGGCAGCAGGGGCCGGGACCAAACGUGCGCAGCAUUUGUCCGAGACCAGUGAUGGUGGUUCCACUGAUAGUUCGAGCUGCGAUUAUUAUUUGGACGAGGCUGAAGUUCUACAAGAAAUGUUUCCGGACACGGCUUACGUUGAG